AUCCAGUCCACACAGAACGGGAGUGAUAUCUGUUAGUUGUUGAAAUACGCAGACAUUUCCUCCUGCUGACUGCAAGCCACCGACCACGGUACAGUCUUCCCCGGCCUCCCAGUAGGAUCUAUUCUUUCCCGUUGGAGACCAACUCCACCCCAUACAGCCAGUAGCCAUGGCUGAAGACUUGGACAUGCGCAAUGAGCUGUCGGAUAUGCAGCAACGCGCCGACCAGCUUGGAGAUGAGUCACUGGAGAGCACUCGUCGUAUGCUACAGCUGGUGGAAGAGAGUAAAGAUGCUGGUAUCAGGACCUUGGUUAUGCUGGAUGAGCAAGGAGAGCAAAUGGAGCGCAUCGAGGAGGGAAUGGACCAAAUCAAUAAGGACAUGAAGGAUGCAGAAAAGAAUUUGAACGAUCUAGGAGCAUUCUGUGGUCUUUGCUCCUGUCCUUGUAACAAGAUGAAGAGUGGAGGCAGCAAGGCUUGGGGGAACAACCAGGAUGGAGUGGUGGCCAGCCAGCCUGCCCGCGUGGUGGACGAACGCGAACAGAUGGCCAUCAGUGGAGGAUUCAUCCGCAGGGUAACAGAUGAUGCCAGGGAAAAUGAGAUGGAUGAGAACCUGGAGCAGGUGGGAGGCAUCAUCGGUAACCUGCGCCACAUGGCCCUGGAUAUGGGCAACGAGAUCGACACCCAGAAUCGCCAGAUCGACAGGAUCAUGGAGAAGGCUGAUUCCAACAAGACCAGGAUUGAUGAAGCCAACCAGCGUGCCACAAAGAUGCUGGGCAGUGGCUAAGCUCCCGGAGCACGUUGCUUCUCCCGCAAGCGCAGUUUGUCACAAGGCGCAAACAUGCUUUUAUCAUGGUAUUUACCUUCUAGGUUUGCACACAUGCACAUAUCACCUCCCCCCAUU